AUGCCUGAUAAGGUAAACCAGCUGCUAAAAGUCAAGAAGCCAUCGAACAGGCGGUCUUUUUGAAGAUUAAGAAAAGGAGAUUUUGAUGACACUUUUGCUCAAUAUGCCACUAAGCGGAACUCUGAGCAAUUUAGGCUAUUCAAGAGACCUGCAGAAGAUCCGAUCAAGAAGGUGCUUGAUUAUAGGUUGUUUCCUAACCAAAAAGUUCAAAAGAAAAUUGAUUAUUUCAUCACUCCGUACAACAACUCAAUGUCUUUGGAUAAGCACAUGGAUUUUACACGAAGAGAUUUAGAAGAGAACGGACAGCAUCUGGAUAAGGAUCGGAGGUACAAGAAGUGGAAUCUCAUCUCAAAAGCAACUUUUAAUGAGAAAUAAUAACCUACUCACUGCACUUAAAGAUAAGCCAAAGGAGCCACAAGCCGUUAUGACAACCCAACUUGGUAAAGUGAGUAAGAAGGAAGAAGAUUGAAUUAUAACUCAUGAAGAGUUUUUAUCAAAAGAGCAGCCUAAUCCAACAGAAGGUAAUAAUCAUAUCUUUCAAACAUUUUAG